CUGGAAUAGGAUUAUUUCCUGUCUGACUGGUUUCACACUGAAACUACGAGUGUGUCAACAUGAAGUGCUUCUUGGACCUGGACAUAACAUAAUUAUAUAAUUGUUAAUUGAACAAGACUGACCAGCGAUUGUUUGUAUUUAUUUUAUCUCUAAAUGAACAGCGUACAAAUCUGCCAAACCAUUUCUGGAAAUAUAUUUAUUUUAAUAGACAAUCGAAUUUUAUUGUAGUGUUAUGAAUAUUUCGCAAUAAUGUUUUAACAUUGUUUUAACAAUUUAAAAAAAAAAAAAAGAAAAUGUAAACACAACAUUGCAUGUUCUUUUAAAAUAUUAAAUGCAUAGUUGAAUUCCUAGAUUUGAUUUUGUCCAAGUUCAAAGUUAGUUUUAAAAUAAACAACAGCUAAUUAACGGGACAGGGAAUCUUGCCAUUGAAAGAAAAUGAUGUCAGUAGCAAAUUUGUUGGAUAAUAUACUUGGUGAUAACUGUUAAUUAUUGAGCAAUUCAUUUACGUUGGUAAAACAGAUCAAAAGACAUACUCUGAAAUGAGAAAAACAAAGAAACAUUGUCUGAUUGUUAAGCUUAGAAUAAUAUUAAUUCUAUUUAUGUCUUCUUUAUGAACAGCGAAGAUACCAACUAACUAGUGCAUUGGCGUGACGUCACCACAGAGACGCUAUGACGACUGAUCCAGGGUACAUCACUCUUAUAACGAUAGUACUCCUGGGACUCGCCUACGGGGCGGUAAGCAAAUCACUCUCGCUUUCUUCUUUUCCGUAUGUCAAUGUCUUCCAUCUGUUUUUACAGGAGUCUCGGGAAUAUUUCAGUUGAAUCAAAAAUUUAUGAUUCUACGUUAGAAGAGUGCAACUUGAAAGUGGACUGUAUAUUUAUUGCAACUCGGUACUCAUCAAAUGAAUUGUAUGUAGUUUCACCCUAACCCCCCACCCCCCGACCUCAAGUAUUUUUAUUUUUAUUCUGUAUUCAUACAUGAAUGCGUAUGGAAUAAAUUUACAGACUUUUUCUACACAUCACACAUUAUCUCUACACAUCAACACAUUAUGCCUACAGAUCUUCACAUUAUUUCUACACAUCAACACAUUAUGCCUAUAGAUCUUCACAUUAUCUCUACACAUCAACACAUUAUAUACAGAUCUUCACAUUAUUUCUACACAUCUCGACAAUUCUACAUAUUUACACAUUACUUACACAAACUACACGUGUACAUAUUAUUUCUACACGUCUACACAUUAUUUCUAUACAACUACACAUUAUUUAAACACAUCUACAUCAUUUCUAUACAUCUACACAUCUACACAAUAUUUGUACACAUCUACACUUAAUUACGAAACCCCAUGUUAAGACGUAAUGCACAUUCCUUAAAAUGCCAGAGACGUAACAGACCCUGUCUUGGAUUGAGUUGACACAGACAUACUGUAUCCUCUCCUGACUUGACCUGUCACUUUGACAUGCUGUACCCUCUCCUGACUUGAUCUGUCACUUUGACCUACUGUACACUAUUCUGACUUGACGUGUCACUUGGACACGCUGUACUCUCUCCUGGCUUGACCUGUCACUUGGAUAUGCUGUACCCUUCCUGACUUGAACUGUCACUUGGAUAUGCUGUACCCUUCCCGACUUGACCUGUCACUUGGAUAUGCUGUACCCUUCCCGACUUGACCUGUCACUUGGAUAUGCUGUACCCUUCCCGACUUGACCUGUCACUUGGAUAUGCUGUACCCUCUCCUGACUUGACCUGUCAUUUUGACAUACUGUAGACUCUCCUGACUUGACCUGUCAUUUUGACAUACUGUACCCUCUCCCGACUUGACCUGAUGUAGAGAAAUAUUGUACACUCUGCUACCUUGACCUUAAUUAUGAACAUUCUGUGCUCUCCACUAACGUGACCUUGUACUCUAUGAACGUGAUUUCUCAGCCUAAUAUCACGUCAUUUGAGAAAGUGGCUAUAGUAAGAGAAGGCACUGCAGUCAAUGAGAAGUUGUCUACGAUCGUCUGCAGUGACACGGAUGGAGACAAGACAACUACAGUGGUCAAGUCAAUGAGUCCAAAUACUUUGUGUUCCAAAUGUUUUGAAGUCCUCGACUGCCCGCCUGGUGAGUUUCAAUCUUGACCAAUGAAUAGAGAAUACAUUGACCAAUAAAUAGUGAAUACAUCGACCAAUGAUUAGUGAAUACAUUCACCAAUGAAUAGUGAAUACAUUGACCAUUGAAUAGGGAAAUCAUUGGAAAGUGAAUAGUGAAUACAUUGACCAAUGAUUAGUGAAUACAUUGAACAAUAAAUAAUGAAUACAUUGACCAAUUAUUAGUGAAUACAUUGACCAAUAAAUAGUGUAUACUUUUAAUGACCAUGGUGCAUGCACUACAUUUCGAAUAUCAUUCUUCUUUAUAUUUUAACAAUCACACAUAUAUAUAUAUAUAUAUAUAUACCAUCAACAAUCACAUAUAUAUAUAUACAACAAUCCCAUAUAUAUAUACAAAAAAAAUCACAUAUAUUUAUAUAAAACAAGAAAUCAGAUAUAUUUAUAUACCACCAAGAAUCACAUAUUCUUUUAUGCCACCAACAAUCACAUAUAUUUAUAUACAACAAUAAAUCACAUUUACGUAUUCCUUAUAUAUUUUGAUAAAUUCUACGUCAUUAUGCGCACACGUUGACCUGAUGGGGCGCAAUUAUCUACAUUUUAUAUUUGUUCAGAGGAGUGCCUCCAGUACAGAGCUGGUGUGGGAACCCUUGAUUUUACCGUGGUGCCAUCUUAUCUCAUUACGGUUAGCUGUGAGAAUUACCUCCAGAAUGAGCCCCCUGCUACUGAGAUCAUUGAGGUCAAGGUUGUCCCCAACGCCCCGCCAAUCUUUGAUCCCGACACCCUGUUUGGUAGGUUUCAUAAGACUGGUUAAAAUAUUUGGUAGGUUUCAUAAGACUGGUUAAAAUGUUUGGUAGGUUUCCUAAAAGUGGUUAAAAUGUUUGGUAGGUUUCCUAAGACUGGUUAAAAUGUUUGGUAGGUUUCCUAAGACUGGAUAAAAUGUUUGGUAGGUUUCCUAGGACUGGUUAAAAUGUUUGGUAGGUUUCCUAAGACUGGUUAAAAUGUUUGGUAGAUUUCCUAAGACUGGUUAAAAUGUUUGGUAGGUUUCCUAAGACAGGUUAAAAUAUUUGGUAGAUUUCCUAAGACUGGUUAAAAUAUUUUGUAGAUUUCCUAAUCACUUUUUGUGUGACUUUUUGUUUCAUGAUAUUUUAGUUUUACCACCAAUGAAAAAACUGCAGUUGGCUGCAAACAACACCGUCAAUAUUUAGAACAGAAUUGACGCCGGGGCGCUACACCCCUCUCGCCCCCCCCCCCCACCCUCUCUAAAGUGUGGACUCUAAUGAUCGAGCUCAAACGUCAGUUGUGUCAUAUUUCAUUCAAUUGGAUUUGAUUUGACCAAAUGUUGUCAUUCCAGUGAGUGCACCAGUGGAUGCCGGCAGUGUCAAGGCAGGGGACAUAAUUUACAUAGUGGAUGCUGAUGAUCCAGAAUCUGAUGACAUCACAUACAGUUUAAAAGUUAUUCCUACUACGUCAUCGGGAAAUUAUCAAAUCAAUCAAUGUAAGUCUUACGAUAUAUAUAUACAUAAAGGUGAUAUCAGGUGAACCAAGGUGAGACAGGGUAAAAUUAGGUGAGAUAGGACAAGUUAUAGGUGAGAAAGUGCAAUACUAGAUGAUAAGAUGAUACUAGGUGAGACAUGGUAUUGCUUGGUGAGACUAGGUGAGGUGGGGGUAAUACUAGCUGAGACAGGGUAAUAUUAGGUGUGACAGGAUAAUAAUAGGUGAGAAUAGGUGAGAUACGAGGUGAGACAGGGUAAUACUUGGUGAGAAUAGGAGUGAUAGGGUGAAAUUAUUUGAGGUAGGAUAAUACUAGGUGAGAAAGGGUAUUACUAAGUGAGACUGGGUGAGGCAGUGUAAUACUAGUAUACUAGGUGAGACAGGGUAAUACUAGUUUAGACGAGGUAAUACAGGGUUAAUCUAUUUGAGACAGAUUACCAUUGAGACUAUGUGAGACAAGAUACUAGUGAGAGAGUUGAUGAGAGAUAGUUAUUAAGAUGAUGAGGUAGUGGGAAUGGUUGAAGAACAGAGGGAAGCUGAGGGAGAAUACGUUAGAGUGAAAUAAAGUGAUUUAGAGUGAGUUGAGGUGAGUAUGGGUGAGUUAGGGUGAAUAAGGAUCAAUUAGGUUGUGUGAAGGUGAGUUGGUGAGUUUUAUAAAAUAUUAUAGUCAUCAUAAUUCAAUAGAAAUAAAUACAACUUGUUCUGAUAUUUUUUCCAAUGAUGAAACUGAACUUGACUUUGAAUUAGUUAAAUCUCUUUAUUUAACCCCCCUCCCCCCUUCCCAUAUUCCUACCGGGUCAUCAACAGAUACUGGUGAGAUCAGAUCAAACAUUGACCUCAAGAAAGAAUGUCGGAAUGGCGUCACACUCCAAGUGACUAUGACGGAUGGACACAACGUUGUUGGACCAAAGGUCAUAGACGUGCCGUUUACAAGUGAGUCAGAAACAUCUGUAUCAUGAUAUAAAUGUUGUAAUUGCUUAUCACAUUCUGUUUGUGACAUUUCAAAAAUUGUGGCAAAUAAUUCAUGUUUAUUUCUACCCCCCAGAUGCAAAUGUGGCGCCCAUCGCUGCCAACCUCGAUGCCACCAUACAGAUACCAGAGGAUACGCCAGCGUCAACAGCCUACAAAAUGCUGUUUCAGGAUGGCAAUCCUGGGGAUACGGUCACAUAUACAGUGACAUCAACCAACCCGGCAGGAAUGAGUCAGUUCAAAAUUGAUGGUAAGUCACAUAUACAGUCACAUCAAACAACCCGGCAGGAAUGAGUCAAUUCAAAAUUGAUGGUAAGUCACAUAUACAGUGACAUCAACCAACCCGGCUAGAAUGAGUCAGUUCAAAAUUGAUAGUAAGUCACAUAUGCAGUCACAUCUACAGUCACAUACUUGGUCAAAUACAUGGUCACAUACGGAGUCACAUACAUAGUCACAUACAUAUUUUCUAUGGUGAGCUUGAACAAAGAGAGCGGUCUGCUGGUGGACAGAAAAAAAACGCUUUAAAGACAACCUAAACGCCUGACUGAAAGCGUUCAACAUAAACCCAGUCACGUGGGAGGAACAAGCAAAGGAUCGAACUUCAUAGCGUUCUACUUUACACAGGAUCUUCAUAUAACAUGAAGUUGGCAGAACAGUGGCUGCAGAGCGCAAGAGACAUGCCAGGAAGGCCCGGUCUGACUCCUCCCGGAGAUGCCCCAUCAUUCCCUUGCACCUACUGCACAAGAGAAUUUCGUGCCAGAAUCGUUCUCAUGAGCCAUCUGCGCACCCACAGACAGAACCAACACAAACUCUGAUGAUUAAAGAGGUCAUGGUCGACUCCCGACUGAUGAACAACAACAUACCUAGUAACAUAAAGAGUCACAUACAUGGUCACAUACAUAGUAACAUAAAGAGUCACAUACAUGGUCACAUACAUAGUAACAUAAAGAGUCACAUACAUGGUCACAUACAUAGUAACAUAAAGAGUCACAUACAUGGUCACAUACACAUUAACAUAAAGAGUCACAUACAUGGUCACAUACAUAGUAACAUAUAGAGUCACAUACAUGGUCACAUACAUAGUAACAUAAAGAGUCACAUACAUCGUCACAUACAUAGUGACACAUACUGCUCCAUAAAAAAUCACAUAUUAAAUAAUUUUAAUACAAGUAAACUUUAUAGUGUUGUUUAUAUUUCAGUAUAACAGUCUAAAUCCCUGUUAAUGAUGAUGUUUUAAUAGAUAAGAAUUUCUGAUAUUGAUUAUAAUUCAUUCCAACAGGUAAAAGCCCUAACAUUGACGUAGCCAAGGUGCUUGACUACGAAGUGACCAGUCUACAACAGACUGACCUCAUCAUUCAGGCCACAGACGGCUACUGCACAUCGCCACCGUAUACACUACGAAUAAAGGUCAGUUUUACAUUUCGUCAAAAUGGCCUGGUGCUACAUCAUUAGUCGGCUACCUGCGUCUAUUUGAAGCAGUAGAUUGGCUGUAUGCUUGGCUACUCAAGGCUUUUUGAAGAAGUAGAUGGGUUGUAUGCUUGGCUACUCGAGGCUAUUUGAAGAAGUAGAUGGGUUGUAUGCUUGGCUACUCGAGGCUAUUUGAAGAAAUGGAUGGUGUGCAUGCCUUGUCAGGAAUAGAUGGUGUUGUAAACUUGCUUGGCUACCUGAGGCUAUUUGAAGAAAUAGAUGGUGUUGUAAACUUGCUUGGCUACCUGAGGCUAUUUGAAGAAAAAGAUGGUUUUGUAUGCCUGGUCGGGUAUCCUGUAUAAGAGACGCCUGUUUCACAUGAUAUUAUCUGAUGACAGUAUGACCAUCGCAUGAUAUUUUCUUGUGACAGUAUGACCAUAACAUGAUAUUGUCUUGUUACGAAAUCGUUUUGUCUUGUUUUGACACUGUCACCUUAUUACAUUGUCAAGAUAUUAUAUUGUUUUGUUAUGAUAUUAUCACAUUAUGACCAUGCUACGAUAUUACAUUGUCACUAUUUGGCCAUGCUACAUAUUGCAAUGUCACUAUAUGGCCAUCCCACCAUAUCACAAUUUCACUCUAUGGCCAUGCCAUCAUAUUAUAACCAUAAUUACAAUGUCACUAUAUUGCCAUGCCACAAUAUUAUAUUGUACCUAUAUGGCUGUGCCACAAUAUUAAAUUAUCGCUAUAUGGCCGUGCCAUGUGGAUUGUACCAAGCCCAAGGUGACCACUAUAAUCAUUGAAAUUUAAGUGAUAUAUCUUUAAGAUAAGAUAAGAUAAGAUUAUUUUACUGAUCCAAAUAAAUGGAAAUGUUUUUUUAUUGCAUUAUGUAUUUUCAGCACAAAAAUAAAAAAAAUUUGAACACAAGACAUUUAUAAUAAAUUAUUUCAAACGGCCAUUCAGUGAGUUCUCUUGGCACAAUCAAGGACUUAUUAGUUCUCAUUUAGAUGUGUGACUUCAGAGGAAGCACGCCGGUACAUUCGUACAGAUUGGGGAACAAAUGAAUUUUUAUAACGGUCAGUCCGCGCCCUGAUGGAAAGAAUUCGUCCUGAACGGCCCGAGCCUAAGUAUCUGUGAUGAAGAGGGUGGGAUGUAUCAUCCAAAAUGUGUUAAGUUUUGCAAAAGCAUAUUUCUUCAAAUAGUUCUUCAAGUGAAGAAUGUUGAGUUUGUGUUAUGUUCCUAGCUUUCUUGAUUAGUCGGUUUAUGCGGUAUUUAAUAUCAGACGUUGAAUGUCCACACCAGCAGGUAAUACUGAAAUGAAGCAGGCUUCCAAUUGUUGCACUGUGGAAUAAGUUAACGACUUGCUUGUUUACACCAAAAUUGUACAGUUUGUUGAGGUAGAACAGUCUUUGGUUGAAUUUCUUAUAUAUGAUUUGGCCGUGCUCAUGCCAUGUUGGCUUAUUAUUAAUGAUGACACCUAAGUACUUGUAUGUCUCCACUUUCUUUACACUUUGAUUUUUUAUGUUGAGAUCUGUAAUCUGGUAUUCCCACCUCCUGAAAUUAACAACCAUUUCCUUUGUUUUUGAGACAUUCAGCUGGAGAAAAGCACUUUGCACCAAACACCUUCUCAAGUCAGGAAGCACUUUGCAUCAAAUGCUGUCUAUAGUCAGGAAGAACUUUGCAGCAAAUGUUUUUUUAGUCAGGAAGCGUUUUGCACCAAAUGCCGACUCAAGUCAGGAAGCACUUUGCACAAAAUAUAGUCUAACUCAUAUCUCACAUGAACUCACGUGGAAAAAGACACUUGGUUUCAUAUGCAGAUUGAGUGAAGUAACCCGUCAUCAAGUGGUACGUGAAAAGAAUGAGUUUUUGCUCAAGUGUCUACGCAUUGCUAUCAUGGCGGAGACGUGAUUUAGGUCGUAUUAAUAUCAUGUUGGAAACAUGAUUUGUGUGAAUUAGUGUCAUGUCGGAGAAAAGAUUUGUGUCGUAUUGGUGUCAUGUCGGAGACAAGAUUUGUGUCACACUGCAAACUGAGAUUCGCCUCCUUCGCUGGUCAAAGUUGAUGAGCAAGUGAAUCUCCAAGCCAAUCGCUAAGUUAUAAAUGAGGCAGCAAAUUUACAUUCAAGAAAAUAUCAACCCUCUUAUUAAAAACUCGAAAAGAAAACUUAUCACCACCUUAACUGUCACAACCUUACCUGUCACAAUCUUACCUGUCACAAGCUUACCUGACUGAAGUGUGGUCGAUACGUCACGAUAUUCCGAUUAUAUUUGUGACAGAACUACCCUAACCAUCUAACAGUCUUGUAAUGACCAGAAGAAAUGAUUCCCCUCACCCCAUAUUUUUAACAAAAGAUUAGGGUUAGGGUUAAGGUUACGGUACGCACUUCAGUCUUGUAAAAUACAAAAUGUAUUGAGCAAAUUAUUUUUGAACUGCUUCAAAAUGCUUUUCUCGUUUUUAUUCUUGCCCUUACUCUUUAAAAAAAAUCAUGUUGUUAUUCUAUGUAUAAUAGAUAUUAAUAUUCAAAGACGACAAUUCUUUCCUAGCCUAAAAAAUGACUACUGAAUCUGCAGGUCGAACAAGUUGAUGUUGCCAGUGUUCGUAGUUUGCCGACCCAUGUGUUAUGAGAUUGUAAUAUCUCCUCGUAAACUCUGUAAACUAAACCAAUCCUUGAAUUGUUUCAUUGGCUUGAGUUUAACUAAUUGAUUAGACAAUAAAUAAAUCAAGAAAAACAAAUAUUUGAAAAUCGGGAAAUUCCGCAUAGCUUCCCCAAAUCUCCUAUCACAUAUCCCCACAUCCAGCCACACCAUAAACAAACCAGACGGCUUUGGGACAUUUGGGGCUGAAUAAAUAGAAUAAAUUUUAACUGAGCCAAAUUCUUCACCACCAAAUUGUACAAAAUUUUCAAAUUCUUUAUUUUAUCGAAGGUGCUAUUCGGACCCGGGUCCGAGAAGUGAAAGAUUGGGAUUAAAAAAAAAAACCCAUUAUUUUUACGUUGGAAGAAAAAAUGACAUCCGAAUAGCAUUGAGUGAUACCAGUGAAGUGUCCCCUUGAAAACCAUGCACAGUAACAUCGCGAACCCCUCUGAAAAAUUGGAGCCAGAAUGAUCAAUCUAUUGAUCGUGGCCCUCAAAAUAUAGAAGAAGAAAUAAAAUAGAAGAAGAAGUGUCUAAAGGGGCCCGGGUCUGAAUAGCGUCGCUGCGUGCCCGGGUCCAUUUUUGACUAAAUGUUAUUGGGAUGUCAUUUCUUAUAGGUCAUAUUAGUUAAACUGAAAAAGUACGUUGAGAAAAGUAUAGUCCAUUCAAUUGUCCUUCAUUUGAUACCUAAUUUUGUCCUACAAACCCAACAAUAAUUUUAAAAUAUUUUUUAAUAAACACAAACUCUCACUUCUUGGACCCGGGUCUGAAUAGCCGCAGCCGUAUUUUAUUUUCGCUCUUGUUCGUGUGUUCCUUUCUGGCUGGGUCUGGGGCGAACAUCUUCGGACGGCUUAUUUGACCAACUUGCCGUCUACCUAUCAAGCUGAAAUUUGGCACACAGACUCGUUGCCGAUAACCACACAUUUUUUUUUCAAUUUCCCGUGCCCCCCCCCCCCCACAACCCAAAUCACCAAAAAUGAGUUGUAUUCUGUUUUUCAAGAGGAAGAUGAAGGGAAAAUGAUGCCACGGAUUGUGACGGCUUAUUUGACCAACUUGCCGUCUACCUAUCAAGCUGAAAUUUGGCACACAGACUCGUUGCCGAUAACCACACAUUUUUUUUUCAAUUUCCAGUGCCCCCCCCCCCACAACCCAAAUCACCAAAAAUGAGUUGUAUUCUGUUUUUCAAGAGGAAGAUGAAGGGAAAAUGAUGCCACGGAUUGCAUGACAUAAAAUUCCCCAAAACUGCGCUCAAUGAGAGGCUUUUAAACAAUUAUCGCAAACGCGUUUGGUGUGUACAAUUUUAUUUUGUUUUUCUGAAAGAGUUGGUGAGAAAAAUCUGCGGUGUUGAAGCGGUUUCGUCAUGACAAUAUUGAUAUCGUUCAGGGGCGUGCAACAAAUGUGUGGUUGCGAACGGUGGAAAAGGGUGGGGGGGAAUGACAUUUAUGGGGAUUUUUAUAAAAUUUGUUACUUGCAUGCAUUUUUGUCCAAUUUAUAGCCUCACCCCCAUUGGACGAUAUUACAUUUAGAAAGGAUGUAUACUAAAAUAAUAUUUUUUAGGGGCCAUUUAAUGUCAUCCUUUAUAUUACCGUUUUACUUGAACUCUGAUUCUGUCGAAUUCUCUUCUCAUAAGAAACCAAUAAAGAUCAUAAUUUGACAAUUUAUUCCAUUAGGUGACGGAUGUCAAUGAGAAGCCAUCCAUUACACCUGCAACAUCAACCAUACAAGUGUGUGAAGGGCAGGUAAUUCCUAAUGAAAUUACAUGCUUGUAAUUGACAUUAUUUCCACAUCACUGGCACAGUGACAUAUGGGACAGUAGUAGAUGUAUCCUUUAUUUCAAUAUAACAGUAACAUCGAUAACUUCACAGCAUUCCCACUUUAAUAUCAUUCCCAAUCAAUAACAUUCCAACUUAAUAUCAUUCCAACUCAAUAACAUUCCAACUUAAUAACAUUCCAACUUAAUAACAUUCCAACUUAAUAACACUCCCACUUAAUAUCAUCCAACUUAAUAUCAGUCCCAUUUAAUAAAUAUCAUUGCAACUUAAUUGUAUCCCCUCUUAAUAAGAUCCAAAUUUAAUAGCAUUCCCUCUUAAUGUUAUUCCCACUUAAUAACAUCCACAUUUAAUAUCAUUCCCACUAAAUAAAAGUCUCACUUUAUAACAUCUCCAUUUAAUAUCACUCACACUUAUUAAUCCCACUUAACAGCAUUUCCGCUUAAUAUCACCUAUUUAUCUUAAUAUCACCUAUUUAUUCCCAAACCCAAAUAAAUUGCAUAUUCGAAUCUAUAAUGUUACUUUAUUGCUACGGCACAUUCUAAGUGGAAUACUAGAGAAAGUUUUGUGCUGAUGGCAGCUCUGAACAUUCCAUAACUUAUGUGAUUUUUGUCAAAGUAACGAGUAUAUAUAUAACUGUCAUAUUAACAUGUGCUGUCACAUUAACACCAGCUGUUGCCUUAACAGAUGCUGUCACAUUAACACGUGUUGUCACAUUAAUACGUGCUUUCACAAUAACACAUGAUGUCACAUUAACACCAGCUGUCACACUACCUUACUCAGAAUUAUAUCAGUCAUUUUUAAGUGAACGUAAUUUACUCUAUAUCUUACGAUCCUUUGUUUUUAUUAAUCAGUAUUAAUUUUGUCCGUACUCUCAAAUCUAUAUUGCUCUCAGUUAUCAAUAUUAUAAAUUUUUAGUGUCUCAUAUAGAUACUAUUUUGAAAUAUUUCUUUCUUUAAUAUUUAAUAAUCAGUUCUCUAUUGGUUUUAUAGAAAUCAACUCUAUAUUGGUUCUGUAAAAAUCAGUUUUAUAUUGUUUAUCCAUCCAUCCCUGUGGCGCUACAGCCCAUGUAGGACUUUGGCCUGCCUCACUAUUUUCUUCCACACAGAACUAACUGAUGCUUUUCUUUUGUAUGCUUGGAUUCCCAGCUGCUGUAGAUCGGUUCCCACAUCAUCGAGCCAUCAAAGCCUAGGUCUGCCUAUGAGCCGUUUUCCUCUGGGGUUUUGGUAGUGCACCAUCUUCACUCUUCUGUCAUUUGACAUUCUUUCUUAGUGUCCCGCCAAGCAUAGUCUGCCUUUUUUUAUUUCUGCUCCUAGUGUGGGAUCCUGAUAUAUCUGGUUGGUUCGUAUUCUCCAUUCAUCUUCAUUCUUUGUUGGUCGAUAUAUUUUCGGGAAAAGUUUUCUCUCCUUUCUGUCGUUUUUUACUGUAACUGUUACGUAACGAUCAAUUUUAUAUUUUUAUGUAAUAAUCAAUUCUGUAUGAGUUCGGUAACCACCAAUUCUGUAUGGGUUCUGUAACAAUCAGUUCUAUAUUGACAUGUAACAAUCACUUCAGUAUGGGUUCUGUAAUAAUCAAUUCUGUACGGUUUCUGUAAUGAUCAAUUCUUUAUGGGUUCUGUAACACUCAGUUCUGUAACUGUUCUGUAACAUUCACUUCUAUAUGGCUAUCUCCAGAGAGAGUUUAAUCCCGGCUACAUCGCCACUGAUCCAGACAACCCGGACUCACUGAAAUGGUCCAUUAACACCAAAAUGACCAACACCCCUGGCAGAUUCGAUAUUGACCCAAAUACUGGUUGGCUCCGGACUCUCAUGGACUAUGACGUAGACAGUCCGACUUCAAUGACGUCAACUGUGGUAUUUACUGUCCAGGUAAUAGUGAAAACUUUGAAGGCACAAAUGGUCUUCUUGUGAUGAUUAGAACAUCUUUUCCCACGUUAAACUCAUACUUGUUUGUGGCAUUAAACUCAUACUUGUUAGUGGAGUUAAACUCAUACUUGUUAGUGGAGUUAAACUCAUACUUGUUAGUGGAGUUAAACUCAUAUUUGUUAGUGGAAUUAAACUCAUACUUGUUAGUGGAGUUAAACUCAUACUUGUUAGUGGAGUUAAACUCAUACUCGUUGGUGGAGCUCAACUCAUACUUGUUGGUGGAGCUAAACUCAUAUUUGUUAGUGGAGUUAAACAUAUACUUGUUAGUGGAGUUAAACAUAUACUUUUUAGUGGCGUUAAACAUAUACUUUUAGUGGAUUUAAACAUAUACUUAUUUGUGGAGUCUAACGCAAACUUGUUAGUGGAGUUAAAUUGAUACCUGUUAGUGGAGUCUAACUCAAACUUGUUAGUGGAGUCUAACUCAAACUUGUUAGUGGAGCUCAUCACUACGUGUUGUACACCCCUGAGCUCAGGUACAAGAUAAAGGUGGACUGACAGCAACAGCGUCCGUCACGGUCAACUUUCUGGACUGCAAUGACAACGCCCCUGUCUUUGACCAGCAGCAAACCUACACAUACGCCGCCACUGAGUGUACACCAGCUGGUAAGGAGAACUUCACUAAGAUACAAAUAAUAUGUACAGCUUUGACCCUAAGAUCCAAAUGUUAUGUAGAACUUUGACCCUAAGAUCCAUCUAUUAUGUAGAACUUUGACCCUAAGAUCCAUAUGUUAUGUAGAACUUUGACCCUAAGAUCCAUAUGUUAUGUAGAACUUUGACCCUAAGAUCCAUGUCUUAUUUAGACAUUUGACACUAAGAUCCAUAUGUUAUGUAGAACUUUGACCCUAAGAUCCAUAUGUUAUGUAGAACUUUGACCCUAAGAUCCAUGUCUUAUUUAGACAUUUGACACUAAGAUCCAUAUGUUAUGUAGAACUUUGACCCUAAGAUCCAUGUGAUGGGUAUCACUUACACACUAAAAUUUAAUUUUACUUGUGACACAUUUUAUUAUCAAAUUGUUUACUUGAAUUUUCCACACAAAAAUUAGCUUUGAACAAAGUUGUUAGAGAUUAUUCAAAAAAGAUUUUUUUUUAUAAAGACAAUGGGAUCCUUGUUAAUUUGUGUUAUUCAUAAAUGACAAACAUAAAUGACAAGCUCACGUCAUAAAUGACAAGCUCACGUCAUAAAUGACAAGCUCACGUCAUAAAUGACAAGCUCACGUCAUAAAUGACAAGCUCACGUCAUAAAUGACAAGCUCACGUCAUAAAUGACAAGCUCACGUCAUAAAUUCGAGGCUCACGUUAUAAAUUAUAAACUGAAAUAAAACAAAUUAGAAGAUGAAGUCUUAAAUUAAAAGAUCACGCCAUAAAAAGAUCACAUUAUAAAUGAAAUUUCACCUUUAAAAUUAGAAGAUCACGUCAUAAAAUAGAACCUAAAAACUAAAACUAGGAGCUAACGUCAUAAAUUAGAAGUUCAUGUCAUAAAUUAGAAGUUCACGUCAUAAAUUAGAAGUUCACGUCAUAAAUUAGAAGUUCAUGUCAUAAAUUAGAAGUUCACGUCAUAAAUUAGAAGUUCACGUCAUAAAUUAGAAGUUCACGUCAUAAAUUAGAAGUUCACGUCAUAAAUUAGAAGUUCACGUCAUAAAUUAGAAGUUCACGUCAUAAAUUAGAAGAUCACGUCAUAAAUUAGAAGAUCAGGUCAUAAAUUAGAAGAUCACAUAAUGAAUUAAAAACUAGGGUAAAAAAAUUAGAAGAUUACAUCAUAAUUUGAAAGAUCACGGCAUACAUUAUAAGAUCACGACAUAAAUUAUAAACAUUUGUUUCGCGUAAUUUCAAUAACGGACAAAGUUUUACUUGAGUUUGAGGUGAUCACGUGAUGAAUACUUUCAGGUACCAAGCUGGGUUCCAUCACAGCGACAGACAAAGAUUCGGCACGUGAGCAGAACAACGUCAUCAAUUAUGAGUAAGUGUAUAAGUAUGACCUUGAUCUUUCAAUAACAAGACAUACUAUUUAACCCUUUACAUUUUAAAUUAGCUACCAUGAUCAUCCAUCAAAAUACAUGGAGAAAACAUAAGGACAAAUAGGGACACAUAGGGACACACGGGACACAUAUUAGUUAAAAACUCAUGAACAAAUGGUAUUCUAUAAAUCAAGCCUGGAUGCUAAUAAGUCAACACUGGCAUCUACUUAAUCUUGUUAAUCUUUGGUGUACUUAACAGUUUCUUGUAUCACAACACUUUUAUCUUGUAACAGGUGUCUACAAAUAACUGUAAUUCUCACUCAACAGAGUGUCUACAAAUAACUGUAAUUCUCACUCAACAGAGUCUCUACAUAUAACUGUCUUUUUUACUCAACAGAGUGACUACAUAUAACUGUCAUUCUCACUCAACAGAGUGUCUACAAAUAACUGUAAUUCUCACUCAACAGAGUGUCUACAAAUAACUGUAAUUCUCACUCAACAGAGUGACUACAUAUAACUGUAAUUCUCACUCAACAGAGUGACUACAUAUAACUGUAAUUCUCACUCAACAGAGUGUCUACAAAUAACUGUAAUUCUCACUCUACAGAGUGUCUACAAAUAACUGUAAUUCUCACUCAACAGAGUGUCUACAAAUAACUGUAAUUCUCACUCAACAGAGUGUCUACAAAUAACUGUAAUUCUCACUCAACAGAGUGUCUACAAAUAACUGUAAUUCUCACUCAACAGAGUGUCUACAAAUAACUAUAAUUCUCACUCAACAGAGUGUCUACAAAUAACUGUUUUUUUUACUUAACAGAGGAUCCGGAGGAAGCAUUAUUGUCGGGUCUGCAGGGGAGGUCAUUGUUGUCAGCCCCCUACCUGCCGGAAGUGUGGUGACCCUAGAUGCCUAUGCGUACGACAGUGGUCAGACCCCAGGUCCCUUAAGGAGCAAGAAUCCGGCUGUCAUUAGUGUCCGGUUUACUGUAAGCUCGUCUAUUGAAAUUAAAUUCAGUUUGUAUUCUUUUUUUCCCCUUAAAUUCAGAAGUUUCCCAAGCUCAUUAUUUUGUUUUCUAUAACCCAAUUUCCGGCAAUGACAUAGCAUUCAUAGCCAACUCAAAACACUUAUGUUAUUGAACUGUUUUCUAUUUCUUGUGGUGUCUUCUUGUGUCCUGUCUGCUAAGGAAGGCUCUAUUUCUUGUGGUGUCUUUUUGUGUCCUGUCUGCUGAGGAGGGCUCUAUUUAUUGUCUUCUUGUGUCCUGUCUGCUAUAGAAGGCUGUAUUUCUUGUCUUCUUGUGUCCUGUAUGCUGAGGAAGGCUGUAUUUAUUGUUUUCUUGUGUCCUGUCUGCUAUAGAAGGCUGUAUUUCUUGUCUUCUUGUGUCCUGUAUGCUGAGGAAGGCUGUAUUUAUUGUAUUCUUGUUUCCUAUCUGCCGAGGAAGCCUCUAUUUCGUGUGGUGUAUUCUUGGGACCUGUCUGCUAAGGAAGGCUCUAUUUCUUGAAGUGUCUUCUUGUGUCCUGUCUGCUGAGGAGGGCUCUAUUUAUUGUCUUCUUGUGUCCUGUCUACUGAGGAAGGCCCUAUUUAUUGUCUUCUUGUGUCCUAUCUGCUGAGGAGGGCCCUAUUUCGUGUCUACUUGUGUCCUGUCUUCUAAGGAAGGCUGUAUUUCCUUCAACCAGCCAGUCAGCAGUUAGAAGGCUGUAUUUCCUUCAACCAGCCAGUCAGCAGUUAGAAGGCUGUAUUUCCUUCAACCAGCCAGUCAGCAGUUAGAAGGCUGUAUUUCCUUCAACCAGCCAGUCAGCAGUUAGAAGGCUGUAUUUCCUUCAACCAGCCAGUCAGCAGUUAGAAGGCUGUAUUUCCUUCAACCAGCCAGUCAGCAGUUAGAAGGCUGUAUUUCCUUCGUUUUUAAAUAUUUGAUGCCAGUUUGCUGUAGCGGUCACUUAGCCCCAAGAGAAUUCCACGCGAAUCCCAAAAGGGUCCUUGGAGUGAAGGUUUGGGAACCACUAGUUUAGCAGUUAAAAAAAAAUUAAUCCGUUUUUAAUAAAUAGUAACAGCGAAAAUUGAAAAAUAAAUCUUCGCUAUUUCGUAGUGCACUUUAUAGGAUUGGACUAAGCGUGUUAGUGCACUUUGUAUAAUUUGACAUAGUGACAUAGUGCAUUUUAUAGCAUUAGGCGUAGUGUUUGGGUUCUUUAAGGAAUUGGACGUAGUGUGUUAGUGCACUUUAUAGACCUGGACAGAAUGGGUCUUAAUGCAAUUGUAAAGAGUCUGAAGCAAUGUGUCUUAGUUCACUUGAUAGAAUUUGACUUAGUGUGUCUUAGUUCCCUUGAUAGAGUUUGAUUUAGUGUGUCCUAGUUCACCUGAUAGAGUUUGACUUAGUGUGUCUUAGUUCACCUGAUAGAGGGUAUUAAGGGGAGAGACUGCAAUCAGGUUAGUAGAAUUUCUGAUUUAGUUUUGGAUUGGUUUAGGUCCUACCUCUUCGAUAGAACGCAGGCGGUCUCUGUCGAUGGCUGUCCCUCCGGCAGUGCUGGCUUGGUGUACGGAGUGCGACAGGGGUCCCCUUUUGGGACCGGUUCUAUUCACAUUGUAUACCAGACCACUGCUCCUCUUGCUUGGGAGGCAUGCUGUUGAGAGCCAGUCAUUUUCCGAUGACAAACAGUUAUACAAGCACACAUAUUCUUCUCUUGUCGAUUCCGAUAUCCAGACUUUACGGGGGUGCAUUGAUGAUGCCAAGUCAUAGAUGACACUCAGCAAGUUGCAACUUAAAAGAUGACAAAACAGAAGAACUCCUUAUUCACAAUCACACAUAAUCCUCUACCUCAACUCUCCCCAUAUCAUUCAAGUAGGUAAUUCCGACAUACAGCUCACAUCCGGUACUAGGAAUCUUGGUUAUAUUCUUUCUAACAACAUGUCUCUCGAUAAACACAUCUCUCACAUUUGUCGUUCUGCAUACACCACUAUCCGUUAGAUCAGCUCCAUCCGCCACUACCUUACAGUUAGCGCUACAAAAACUCGAGUCUGUGCUCUUCUCCUCUCUCGUCUUGACUAUUGCAAGUCUCUUCUAUCGGGUACACCAAAAUACUUCUUAGACACUUUUUUAAAAAUAUGUAAACUCAGUUGAUUUGCUAAUUCUAAAGGUAAAAAAACGUGAUCACGUGAUCCCACUACUCCACUCACUUCAUUGGCUUCCUUUAUAGGCAUGCAUUGAUCACAAGCUGUGUGUUCUCGGAUUCCUACCCUUUCUAUCUAACCGAACUUCUUUCUGUCUAUUCACCCCUUCGACAGCUUCGCUCCUCCGCAGACACGCGUAUUAUUUCCAUUCCCGAAACACACACUAAAACAUAUGGUGAACAAUCUUUCUCCUUCUACACCCCCAAACAAUGGAAUUCUUGCCAUUACACAUCCGCAAUAUACCAACUACCCAGGCCUUCUAAACAGCAGUCAAAACACAUCUCUUUAAACUUUACUACCUUGACUGAGUCCCCUCUGACGAUAAACGAUGCUGCUGGCUGCCGUCCAUGGCUUGACAUGUAAAAGUUCUGGGGAGGGCCGGGUGGUGAGAAUAUACAUUAGUUGUUUUUUUUAGUUGUUAUACAGCUGUUCUUGAUUUCAUAAAUGUAUUUGAUUUUAAUGUCACGAUUAUCUCUUGUUUGCUAAUAUUUUUAUGUACAGCAUGGUGAGCCCAGCCCUAGGUUUGGGUACCGUGCUAUAUAAGACCACUAAUAAUAAUAAUAAUAAUAACAGGAAAUAGUGCUUAAUUUCCCUAGUGAAAUAACAGGCUAUGGUGUUUAUAAUGUUCCUAGUGCAAUAACAGGCUACAGUGAUUAAUGUCCCUAGUUCAGUAACAGGCUACAGUGAUUAAUUUCCCUAGUGAAAUAACAGGCUAUAGUGGUUAAUGUUCCUAGUGCAAUAAAAUGCUGUUGUGCUUAUAAUGUCCCUAUUGCAAUAAAAGGAUAUGGUGCAUAAUGUCCCUAGUGCAAUAACAGGCUAUAGUACGUAACGUCCCUAGUGCAAUAACAGGCUACAGUGCUUAAGUUCCCAAGUAAAAUAAUAGGCUAUAGUGCUUAUAAUGUCCCAGUGCCAUAAGCAGGCUUUAGUGCUUAUAAUGUCCCUAGUGAAAUAACAGGCUAUAGUGCUUAGUGUCCCUAGUGCAAUAAACAGGAUUUACAGCUCAAGGCUGUACGUGCCACAAGACAAUAAAAAUGCCUUAUACUUAUAACUUAAGAUAAAUAGAAAAUAAAAACUGAUAACUCAAUGACCUGAUACACAACUUUACCCAGCCAUGCCCAACAACACAACCUCCGGUUACAGCAGCAGUUACGACAGCAACAACAAAAACUACAGUAACAACAACAGCAGCUGCAACAGCAUUAGUUCAAAAAACCGAGGUGAGAAUACCUUUUAUUGAUGUACGUAAUGCUCAGAAUUCGAGUUGAAUGUCAACUUUCUUGAGAAUUCUAGAAUGAUGUCAACUUUCUUGAGACUUCUAGGAUAAUGUCAACUUUCUUGAGACUUCUAGGAUAAUGUCAACUUUCUUGAGAAUUCUAGAAUGAUGUCAACUUUCUUGAGACUUCUAGGAUAAUGUCAACUUUCUUGAGAAUUCUAGAAUGAUGUCAACUUUCUUGAGAAUUCUAGGAUAAUGUCAACUUUCUUGAGAAUUCUAGAAUAAUGUCAACUUUCUUGAGAAUUCUAGAAUAAUGUCAACUUUCUUGAGAAUUCUAGAAUAAUGUUAACUUUCUUGAGAAUUCUAGAAUAAUGUCAACUUUCUUGAGAAUUCUAGAAUAAUGUCAACUUUCUUGAGACUUCUAGAAUAAUGUCAACUUUCUUGAGAAUUCUAGAAUAAUGUCAACUUUCUUGAGAAUUCUAGAAUAAUGUCAACUUUCUUGAGAAUUCUAGAAUAAUGUCAACUUUCUUGAGAAUUCUAGAAUAAUGUCAACUUUCUUGAGAAUUCUAGAAUAAUGUCAACUUUCUUGAGACUUCUCGUAUCAUGGCAACUUUUGUUCAGAAUUUUAGUUUUAUGUAAACUUUUGUUAAGAAUUCAAGUUUAAUUUAAAAUGUUGAGCAGAAAUUCUAAUUUAACGUAUAAUUAUGUUCAGAAUGCUAUUUAUAUUAAAACUUUUUAGAAUUCUAGUUUAUAUAAACAUUUUUCAGAAUUCUACGUUAUAUAAACUUUUUUUUCAGAAUAUUGAUUUAUUUUGUUUAUAAUUCUAGUUGAGGUCUCAUUUUAUUUAGAACUAUAUUGAUGUGAAGAUUAAACUUGUGGGAUAAAAUAUGAAUGAUUCUAUUAUACUAUUUUAGAACUAUUGAUAAAUAUAUUUUGUACUUAAAGAUUACAUUUCUAAAUAGAUCUAAUGUAUAACUUCAAAGUCUUUUUGUUGAAAAUAUUUUUAAGGCCAUAAUGCAGGAGCUUUAGACAUUUUUCAUUCCACCCAAAUUAUUUAUUUUUUUAAAACAUUUUGUUUCGUACUAUUUUGACUUUAGUUAUGAUGCGUGGAUAAUUAUGUCGAUUUUAUUUUAUUUUAGGAUAAUUUGGUUUGGAUAAUACUGGCAGCCCUGCUUGGCGCGGCCAUGCUUGGAUUGUUGACAUUCAUGCUGUGGCGAUAUGGCAACCUGUGCAUUGACGGGUGCAAAGGACUGAAGUGUCAGAGGACAUGUUGCAAACCAAGGCCGAGAAGAAUCAGGUAUUAAAUAGAACAUUUGGACUACACCAGGUAGAAGACAGAGCAAUUCGUGUACAUUAGGUUUAAGACAGGGCAAGCCAGGUGCACCAGGUGUCUGACAGAGUAAUUCAUGUACGCCAGGUAUUUAUCAGAGGAUUUCGUCUCCGCUACUGAUGACACUAUCAAUGUUGAUAGAAGAUCUUGAUAAACGCUAUUGAUCUAUUCGACUAUUGAAAGUAAACGACCAUCAACUCUACAACUACAUCAACUACUGAUGAACAAUGUCGACCAGCUUUAUAUGCUGCGUUCAACUAGUGACAUACCAUGAUGAUUAACUUGACAUUAGUAGGUGAACUAGUGACAUACCGUGAUGAUUAACUUGACAUUAGUAUGUGAACUAGUGACAUACCGUGAUGAUUAACUUGACAUUAGUAGGUGAACUAGUGACAUACCGUGAUGAUUAACUUGACAUUAGUAGGUGAACUAGUGACAUACCGUGAUGAUUAACUUGACAUUAGUAGGUGAACUAGUGACAUACCGUGAUGAUUAACUUGACAUUAGUAGGUGAACUAGUGACAUACCGUGAUGAUUAACUUGACAUUAGUAGGUGAACUAGUGAAAUACCGUGAUGAUUAACUUGACAUUAGUAGGUGAACUAGUGACAUACCGUGAUGAUUAACUUGACAUUAGUAGGUGAACUAGUGACAUACCGUGAUGAUUAACUUGACAUUAGUAGGUGAACUAGUGACAUACCGUGAUGAUUAACUUGACAUUAGUAGGUGAACUAGUGAAAUACCGUGAUGAUUAACUUGACAUUAGUAGGUGAACUAGUGACAUACCGUGAUGAUUAACUUGACAUUAGUAGGUGAACUAGUGACAUACCGUGAUGAUUAACUUGACAUUAGUAGGUGAACUAGUGACAUACCGUGAUGAUUAACUUGACAUUAGUAGGUGAACUAGUGACAUACCGUGAUGAUUAACUUGACAUUAGUAGGUGAACUAGUGACAUACCGUGAUGAUUAACUUGACAUUAGUAGGUGAACUAGUGACAUACCGUGAUGAUUAACUUGACAUUAGUAGGUGAACUAGUAACAUACCAUGGUUAUCAAAUUGACAUAGUACGUCAACUAGGGACAUACCAUGGUGUUUAACUUGACAUACUACGUCAACUAGUGACAUACCAUGGUGUUUAACUUGACAUACUACGUGAACUAGUGACAGAAGAUCUCAAGGUGACCUACUUUAUGUCUUAAAUAAAGAAGUUGAAUGAAAGUAUCAACAUGUUGUACAAACACAAAGAACUUUUAAUCAAAAUAAAUUCAUUUCUUACAGAGUGGUGACGCCACUGAUAGAAAGACGCCCCCCUCUCCAGAAGGCGCCCCUUACACCUCCUGAACCGUACGUUACAUUGUGUCUAACAAUUGUGUCAACAUUAAGUUGUCUAUGGAUGUAGCUUACAUCUUAGCAUCAACCAUUCUGCCAUUCUACUGCCAUUGCUUUGUCUUUAUUUCAACUAAACCAUUUAAAUUUAUACCAGCGGUCUUCUAAAGUUUUAGUCAGGGGUCCAGACCACUGCCUCUGAGACACUUUCGGGCCGUUUCAUUCUUCGUUAAAUAAUAUAAUUCCUAUGCACAAUGCUAACAUAUUAUAUUAUAUUACAUAUAUUAUAUAUAAAAUAACACACUAUUUAACAUGAAGAAUACGUUUAAACAGCAUACAAUUAUUAGUAUUCAAAUUGAAAGUACGGGCCUGGCAUUUGGAUGAAUACGGGAUCUUACCUGCAGGCAUCGAGGCAAAUCUGGCCUGCAGGCUACGAGACGGAUCCGGCCUGCUGGCAUCACGGCGGAACUGGCCUGCAAGCCUUGAGGCAGAUCUGGCCCGCAAGCCUCAAGGCAGAUCUGGCCCGCAAGUCUCAAGGCAGAUCUGGGGCCCGAAAGCCUCAAGGCAGAUCUGGGGCCCGCAAGCCUCAAUGCGGAUCUGACCCUCAAGCCUCAAGGCAGAUUUGGGGCCCAAAAGCCUGAAGGCAGAUCUGGGGCCCACAAGCCUCAAGGCAGAUCUGGGGCCCAAAAGCCUCAAGGCAGAUCUGGGGCCCGAAAGCCCUAGUUUGAUACACCUGAUUGUUACUGUCAACUCCGUGUCGUCAUGUCAUUGUCAAACACUAGUACUGUGAGACAGAUGCAACGAUGUCAGAGAGAGCCACCUGUAUCUCUGUGUAAAUAUAACUUACAUCUGUGUAAAUACAACUUACGUCUGUGUAAAUACAACGUACAUUUGUGUAAAUACGUCAUACUAUAUUUAUAACUUAAUUGUUGGUUUUACUUCAAGGUAAAGUUUUAGGAGUAUGUUUUUAUUUAGCACCCAAUCAAUAAUUAAAUCAAAUCUUACAGUAAGGAGAUGACUUUUAACAAUGAUAAUAUCACGUUUGUUUGUUUGUUUGUUUGUCCACAGAGAGCCAGACCCGGUUGGUCCAGGGUUUUUGUUCGGAUUUUGGAAGGAAAGUAAGUCUGUCUCUGGAUUAGCAGAUAUUUGAGUCUGUUUGUAGUUGAGCAGACAUUUAAGUUUGUAGAUAAGCAGACAUUAAAGUCUAUCUGUAGAUUGUCACAUCCUUAAGAUGUCCAUAGUUGUGUGAUGUCCCAUCCAUAUGAUGACCUUGAUUGUGUGUUUCCCCCAUCCAUAUGAUGUCCUUUGUUGUGUGUGUGUGUAUGUGUGUCACUUAAAAUGUUCUUUUUAUGGUAUACAUGGUUGUGUGUGUGUGUCUCAGUUUAAGUGUUUUAUAUUUUUGUAUGGUAUAAUCGGUUAUAUGUGUGUGUGUCAGGUAAAAUGUUGUAUAUUUUCAUGGUAUUAUGGUGUGUGUGUGUGUGCGUGUCAAUGUAAGUCUUCUCUAUUCUGUCGUGCAGGAUACCCGGAUGAUGACUUUAAAAACCAACCAGAUCGGAAAAGACUCCCCACCCCCGGGGACAUGGAGGCCCACUACCCCCACACACUGGACCCCGUGGAAGAUCCGUUGGCCGCACCAGAAACGCCCCUGACAGCACCACCAAAGAAAAACUGUGUUGUUAUGUAGACAUGCCAAUUAGGAUUACAUCAAUGUUAUGUAAACGUACCAAUCAGGAUAACACCAAUGCUCUAUAAACAUGCCAGUUGGGAUUACACAAAUGUUAUGUAAACGUACCAAUCAGGAUAACACCAAUGCUCUGUUAUCAUGCCAGUUAGGAUAACACCAAAGUUAUGUAAAACUGCCAGUUAGGAUAACACCAAUGUUAUAUAAAAAUGGCAGUUAGGAUAAAAAUAAUGUCUUUUACAACAUCAAGUCAUCUCUAUAAAUAUUCCAGUUAGAAUAACUCCAAUGUCUUAUCUAACACCAAGAUAUCUAGAUUCGAUUUCUUGCAGCCAAGACUUGCUGGCACUGUCCCACUUCUUCAAGAUGUCUAAUGCCACCAGCCAUAUAUUUUAGAUAACUUAAAAAUUUUUUAGCCAUAUAUUGUACAUUACAAACGUGCACAUUGUGGCCACACAUACUUCCAAAUUUAAUUCUUUCAUAGAAGGUCGAUGUCUUUUUCUGGAAGCAAUGACAACAAAAUGACGUUACGCUCGUGUUCAUAGAGCAGGUACGAUAUGUCCACAUUUGUCACGAGUACUAUACUGUAAGGCUACGUAUUCUACAUACUCUACACAUACAUUUCUAGUUGUUUUAUGUAAUAAAUCAAUUGCAGUAUCAAAGCAGAUUACAAAUCAGAAUAUGGAUCAACACAAGAUUAUAUAACAGUAGAUUAUAAAACAGCAGAUGGAAUUACUUGUAAAUCUACAGUUUUCAUGUUGAGUACAUAAUAGGUCUAAGUAUUUGCCUACUCUGUUCAUCAUUUUUCACAAAACAUUACCUAAUUUGGCAAAAUAUCAAGUCACUUCAUAAUUUUGAGUUUUACAUGUAUGACGUCAUAUUUUAUCUGGAUUGUUUUUCUGUAAUACAUUUGUAUGUUUAAAAAACUGAUUCCAGUUAAACUUUUUUGUCAGUUAUAACAUAUGCACAUUGUAGCAUGCUAUCAAUUGUAACAUAUGCACAUUGUAGCAUGCUAUCAAUUGAAACAAGUGCACAUUGUAGCAUGCUAUCAAUUGAAACAAGUGCACAUUGUAGCAUGCUAUCAAUUGUAACAUAUGCACAUUGUAGCAUGCUAUCAAUUG